AUGCGGAUAUUGUGCUGUCGUUACUUUAUGGAGCCAGCUUUGAAUUCUGGGACGCCGGCAAUUCAACGCUUUUGCUGUGGAGUGGGUCACGUGAUAGAUGACAUCUUACGUCAGCUCCUUUUUUCCUUCACACUUGUUUUCUUCAUGAGAGUUCUAGGCCUCUCUGCGGCUAACGCUGGCUGGCUAAUUCUUCAGAAGGAACUGACUCACGUGGUAUUCUCCCCUCUUUGCGCCUUUCUGGUGGACAGCACGAAUAUUCCAGUUCUGUCCCGGAAGCUGGGGAGAAGAAAAAGCUGGCUUCUGAUAGCAAAUAUCGUGGAAGUAGUCUUUAUACCUUUGUUUUUUAGCACUUGCUUCCCCUGCCAGAGCGAUGGAGGACAAUGGCAGCUGAUGGUAUAUAUUGGGGUGCUCAACACCAUUCUAGCCUUUGGAGGAACUCUUAUGAACGUCGGACAUUUGUCGAUCAUUCCUGUCAUCGCUAAAAAUCAAAGCGAAGCUGUAGAAAUGAGCGCAUGGAGGUUUGUCAUUUUCUCAAUGACUCAAACAUGAAAAUAGCAAAAUGCAGAGUCAAAUUUCACUUUCUCAUUAUUUACGUUUUAGGUUCUCGAUCGAUAUUCGAGAAGAGGUGCUAUUUCCUAUUGUUUAGAUGCUUGCAACAUAAAUUUAUGGCGGCUGUUACAGCGAAAUUGAUGGAACUUUAUUUUGCAUUUUUCGGGGGGAAAAAAAUGGUGAUCAAGAAUAUCAGUAUUUGAGGGAAAUGUGAAUGUUUGUAAAAUUUUUCUGUUUGAAAGUUGUUAAGAUUUCUUAUCAAAGCGGCCAUGCAACAUGUACUACGAACUCAGUUACUUGAGACAUCCAAAACUGACAUGUUCCAACACUCAUCGUUCGUUGUUUCGUUUUAUUUUUUUUAAAGGACCACUUUUUCUUUCCUGAGUGGUAUCCUAACCUUAGUUGUGGCGUGGGCUAUUUUCGGGCAAGACAAUAGCGAACAUCUAACAGCAGAAAAUGCAGUGGAUUUCACGGUAAUUAUUAAUAGUAUGGACAUAAGUGACUGAGCUUCAUCCGUUACAAAGUUAUAAAACUUUUUCCUUGCUUCCUUUUUUUCAGGUCAUGUCUUUAAUCUUGGUUGGAAUUGGUCUCUUGUUUUGUCUGAUUUUCCACAUCGGAACCAAAGAGCCUUCGUGUCAAAUCAACAAAAAGUUGUCUGUGACGGCUGCAGGCAUUGUGGUAAGGUUUGAAUUUCCUUAGAGAAAACUGCUAGAGACCAUCAAGUCAGUUAUAUAAUAGCCUCCCUAGCAGAAGUUUAUUGUUUCGUCGCGCAACGUUGGAGAGGAGCGUUACGUGACGAAAAAAAAAAAAAACGGCUGCGAGGGAGACUAGUUAUAUAAUAGACCUAAUAUGCUAGCCUGAGAAAACAGCCGACAGUUAGAGCGACACUACUGGCUUCCCUACGAAAUGGCGUCUGAGGAAAGAGUGCACAAAUUCCAUACUGUCUGCUUUUUACUGCCUAUCUAGAUCUGGGUAGCUCUUCUGAUUGGUUGAAGAUACUUACCAGAUGGAACUACCAAUCAGAAGCACUCAGCCCAAAUAAGGGUGGCGGUACGUCAUCAGUAUAGAAUUUCUGCACUUGUUCCUCAGACGUCAUUUCACGGGAAAACCAGUGGUGGCCUCGCGAAAUGUUGGCUGUUUAGUUAGCCUACCCUUAUGCAAGUUUGCGUCAGGCAAGCCACCAAGCUCAGUUUUGGAACUGUUAUUUUGUAAUGCAAGGCAAGAUGGUGAAAUUGCUCGUCUGACGUAAGCACACAUAAGGGCCAUCAGCCGUAUUAAUAUAUAGAUUUAGCCAGGGCUUUGAAAAGCGAAGCUCUCGUUAAUAUGUUUAUAAUUUACCCAAGAAAAAUAAUAAAAUCGUGUAAUGCUUAACGGCGACGGGAACGAGAACGGCCAAAAAAAAAUCAAUAGGUUAAGUUAGCAAAAAAAACAAAAACAAACAAACAAACAACAACAAUAACAACUUUGCACGUGCAGCACACUUUUUUAAUUUUGUACAUUUAUAUGGAGCUGUUUUGCACGACUACAACGUGAAACUACAUAUCUUAUGAAGGAAAUGUCGUAUGUGCUCACCAAAGGUUUUGCUGCUUGUGUUCCUGUUCGUUUUUUUUUCACUGCGGCGUCUAUUUUCACCUUGCUGCCCGUUAGCAUUUCUCAUUUUCUCACCACCAAUUUUCAUGUUUUUCUUUGAACAAAAUUCGUCUCCUCUGUUUUUUAGCUCUUUCUCUGUUAUCCACGUCAGUAAAGACAUUAAAAUUUAGUCGGACUCGACCCAGUUUGUUAUUGUUGUUUUCUCUCUAAAAAUUCCGCAUGGUUAUGCCCCCUCGUGUUGCAUUUAGGUUGCCAGACCUGUAAAUUGACUUAUUUUACAUUGGUAUGUCUGUGGUGUGGGCGGGCGUGUGUAUGAUCACGUGAUUACCAAAAUUUCUUAGAUGCUUAGAUUAACAAAUUUUCUUACCCAUGGUGCUCGGCUGCAUGCGCUCCGCGCGCGCAAGAGCUCUGAUAUAAAUUAUCUUGCCUAGUCCCUUUACGGCGUUUUCCCAAGCCUUCUCGGCCAAUUGCCUUCGGUGACGUAUCCGAGGCGAACGCGCGGGAAGCGCCUACACAAAAACAGAAUGCGCAUGCGAGCGUUGCCUUUUGAAAAUGUCGGACUUUCUGGAGCGCAAGACGUUGUAAACAGCAGGCAAUUAUUGAUAAUUGAAAAAACCCUUGUAGAUAUUUGCGAAAUAGUUUGUAGAUCGACUUUUGUCGACUUUGAAAAGCCAUCAGAAUUUACAUUCAUACUCAGUCCUGUGAAGAUUGAUUUCUGCUCCUUCAAUCUUAUCAUUCGACUUUUCAUUCCAACUAAAUAUGUUUCGCGCUAAUUUUCAAAGUUUUCACUUCAAAAAGGAUACUUCAUUGACACCGUGUGUAAUAAACUUAAAGCAUCUAGAGUGCAAAUCUUAAAUAAUCAGAAAAAAUUACCCUUUCACAUAAAAUUCAUUAUCUGCGAAUCGCAAAUUCUUAAAAACUUCGCUGCUCGGUGUUUCAAAACAGGCAAAAAGCUCAGCCGUGAAGAAAAACCUCAAAUUCCUCGAAGGACAAUUUUGUAACGAGAAGCCUUCCUCUGUCCACUGAAAAAAAAAAAAACUGGCUGAACAUUCUUUUGAACACUCCCUUCCCAUUUGUGUCUUUUAACGGUACAUUUUUAACCUUGAAAUACGAAACUUUGGUCUCGAAACCCAUCGCAUGAGUUUUUUCACUUUUGCAUCACUUCUGAGAAUUUUUGUCUAGGCCUCACUUCUUCGCUCUGACCACGUGACUCGAAACGCACUAGCCGCGAGGAAUAAUGAGGCCUAGGGACUAUGCAAUAAAUUUAUUUAUCUGUUACUCUAUUAAUACAUACCAGCUUUACAGUGACAAAGAUCUCUGUCUUCAGAGUAGUAGAUUAUCAAGUAGUUUAACUAGAUAGUUUUUAUCUAGUGAAUAAGUAUAACCAAAACUGUCAGAAUUUUAAAAGACACAGCUGCAGAAAGCAAUGCGAAAAUAAUUAGCCAGAUAUGAUCAUUUAAUAAUAAAAUAACCUUGAUAGCUUGUAUAUACUUUACAUCUAAAUGCAUAAGUUAUAAGCCUCUAAACCCUCGGGGUUCAGGGGAAGGGUGCAACUUGAAUUUUGAGAAUACCCUCAAUAUUACAGCGAAAUUCGUUGUAUUGCGCCGCACCCUGAGAACUUCGGAGGGAUUUAGGGUUUUUCUGUUUCGUUAAUCAUUUGAGUGAAGGCGGGGUUAAUGCAAAUCAAAAUGUCACUUGCUCGCCCAGCUUGCACUGGCUGAGAAUGACUCUAGACUGCCCACGAAUAGCGAAACAAAAAAUCAAGGUAAGUCGCUAUGGUGAGUGGAAUUUUUGUCGAAGGAAGGAGGCAGACGUGACAAGAAUAAAAAAGAUCAGAAAAUCUGCGAAGCAAACUUAACUAGUCGAUUAUUGCCCGAAACAGGACGUUCACAAAGCAACGCCCUUGAAACACGAAACAAACAAAUGGAUCGAAAGCCACCAAUCACGAAUCACAAACGAGGACCUUUUGAGCUCGUGCAAGUAAACAUGUGUUUCCUAAGAGGUCCAAUCCAAGAGGAUUGACGGAAUAAAAAAACCCCAAAUUCCGUCGAAUGUUGCAAAACGCACAGCGCGAUACAACGACUUGCACUGUAAAAUUGAAUAAUUCUAAAACCGUUGAAGCUGUGACAAACUUAGCAUAGCUAAAAAAUAAGAAAGUAAAAAUAAAAAAUUCCCGGAAACAUUUCCGGAAACCGAGAUUUAUUACAGCCAAAAGUUUAGCAAAAAUUUGUUACCUUUUUUCUACUAAAAAAAGUAUUUUAUUUUAGAUUUUUAUAGUACUUUACAAUUUAUUUAGCAUUUUUAGUGGAAAGAAUUUUAUAUGUGAGUUCAUCCAAUGUAUUAAACAAUUUGUUGUCAUAAUGACGUCAUUUCGCCUUUGCAACAAUAAAAAUAUAGGAGGAUUUUAAAACGCUGAUAACAUUAUGCAGGAUCAUAAUAUAUGUUGUGUAAAUUUGGUGGCUUUAAAUUGCGGUUUUAAAGUUAUAGAGGAUGAUCUCCAAGCUCCCCUUUCCCACCACGGUUCCAGGAAACCUAAAAAAGCCCAUUCUGAAUGGGGUUAAAAAGACGCCAAACGAGCUAAUUAAAAAUGCAUGGGUGAAUUUAAGUCCACAACAAUAUGCUAAUCUCUUUAACUGUUUUAAUUUAUCACAGAGAAAGUCCUCUUACAUUGCUUCAAAUCUCCUAGUUCAGUCGAUGACCUUCAUGGGAACAGGUAAGAUGGUGUCUGCCAUUGUUUUACAAUUAUCAAAUAAAUAAUUUAAAGGUGUUUUGACAGCUAGGCUUUGCUUUGUUAAUUAUGUUGUGUGACCACGAAGAAAGCUUUGGCACCAGUUUCGUAUCAUCAGAUAUAUAAACUGAGAAUGAAUUUUGAUUUAGAUUCAUAUAUAUAAAAUCAAAUUUAAGUAUAUAAAUAUUUUGGUGUUCUUUUUUAUUUUUUCAAUGAUUUAUAUUCUACAGAUACGCAUGAGAAGGAAUCUAUUCGAGACAGGUUCCUUGAGGCUCUAAAGUCUACAGACUCGGUCACCGAGGAAGGCAAUCCUGCGAGGAAAAAAAGUUUCGCAAGGCACUUUAUCAGCGCCCUUUUUGCUCAAGAUGAAGAGGAGAAAAAUAACGGAAACGAUGCUUCCCCUUCUGUAAACGAGGCAGAGAUGGGGACAGUUUCCAAGGGCUUAGAAGUACAUUCAUCUCCUUCUUCUGACUCAAGGACCCAAAAUGAUGACGAAGUGUUAAAUGAUGUCAAACAAUUACCACAAGAACGGAAAAUAAGCGUUCUCUUGAGCAUUGUCUACGGUCUGGUGGGGUUAGACACCGAUAGAGAUGGACAAGUAUCCGAGAAAGUCACCGUCGAAAAGUCAGGGGAAUGUAAUGGAAAUAAAAGGCCCUUUUCGUGUACAGAGAUUCAAGUGCUAAAAAGCUCGAGUGGUUCUAACGGCUCAAGGAAAGAAGAAGCGGAAGACAAAUUUUCCCAUGCUUGCCCCAGUUCUCGGCUUGGUGUCGACAAUAAAGGACUUGAGUGCAGUGAAACGGAAAUAUGUCCUAGCUUCCCAAAUCCUGAAACCACAAAUAUAAAUGUAGACGCACUAAAUACGAGUAAUUGCAAAAGGCUGUCAGCUGUGUCAGACGAUCCUGAAUCUGCUCUGCCGCCUAAUACAAUAAGAGCCUGGCUCAAGGAUCCACGUCUUUAUAUGGUGAUUAUAGUCUUUAAAUUUUUUUACCCUUAAUUUCAUUUAGUAUGUGAAUUAGUUUUUGGUACUUUAUUUGCUUUUAUAUAAUGUACGCUUACUGCAAUGCGCAAGUGAUCGUAUAUCCAUGAAGCCUGGCAUGCGCAAGGUAGAUUUAUAUGCAAUUUUAUUUAUUUAUUUAUUUAUUUAUUUGUUUAUUUUACCCUAUUGUAUGUUCAAGGCACAAAGCAUUGUUUGAAAAUUUUAAAUCAUCUUCAGUAACUGGUUAUUUCAUUUUUUCAUACAUUAAGGUUGCAAUCAUAUUCACUUGUACAAAAGUCUUACAAGACGUUGCCUAUGCGUACCUGCCACUGUUUCUUAUUUACAGAGUUGACUUUGGAAAGGUGAGUGUACAUAUGUUAAUGUGUUUUUCUUCAGGCCUCACAGGCCAUCACUAUUUUGUGGCCCUGUGUCUUUCUAUGCAAUCUCUAUGGAAAAUAUCCAUGUCAUGUUGACUAUAUUAAAGUGCUAUACGUUUUAAUGGUUUAAUCCUUAUUAUAUUAUUCUUAUUAUAAGUGCAUUGGCGGGUACAUUAUUACCUAGUAAUCAAUAAUAGUGCUGCAAGCAUUUGGUUAAAACGCCGCAAGUACUUAAUAUGCCUGGCCUGCCUUGCGGAAGGUCCCGAGUUCGAUUCCCAGCUGUAACCUCAAAUCCUUUUUUCGACUUCUUCCCUUUUUAAUUUCCGUGUCGCUUUAGAGGCUGUAAAUAGCCAGCAAAACGGAGCACCGGUGGAGGGAAGGAAGGCGAAGUAAGCGCACGGGCGGACUUGUCUCAGGUUUCAAGCUACCGGCGUAAGAUAAGAAAUCUGAUUGUCAAAAUUAGCUGCAGUAGGACAAUCUUUAUGUUAUCGAUCAUUCACGUUGCCUUUUCAGGAUGCGAUUGCAUAUCUGCCACUUGUGAUGUUGAUCAGCGCUACAGUGUCCUCAGGAAUCUCAAAGAAACUUGUUAAAAUAAUCGGAAACAAGGUUAGACCAGUCGUCCGUAUCAAUGUGUUUUACUGCUAAAAAAAAAUAGAAAUCAAUAGAGGUUCGAAUAUGUAUGUAAAAUGGGAAGGGGUCCAGGGGGAGGAAACGCGUGGAGGCGGGGGAGGGGACGGGAGGGGGGGCAGGGGUUAAGGAGAGCACUUUUCCUAGAACCGGAAUGAGGGGGGGAGGCUUCUGUGGAAAAAUGGUACCCUUUUCAUAUAUCUAGUUUAGAACACUGCAUUUCCAUUAUCUGCUGCAAAUGCACCGUCUUCUUAAAUAAACCAGGAAGUUCCUAGUCUUUCACAGCCAUGAGACGCGUCAGUGAGCUUUUAUAGGUCCUUAGUUUAGAAACUGAAAUGACAGAUUGCCCUACCCUUUCAUAUACAACAACUUGUAAAAUCCCUACCCUUUCAUUACAGUGCCGGAUCCAGACAGAAGAGAUAAGAGGGAGCCGGGAGGAGGGAACCGGGGGGGCGGUCAUCCAGAUUCUUAGAAAAGGGGAAAAGGGGGGACCCGGUGAACAAAAAAAAUUUUUUCGGCCCUUUGCAAUUUAGUUUGGUCUAAAAAUAGGACGGUGGGGGGGGGGCUCUCCUGGAUCCGCCUUUGCAGCUACUGCUUUAACCCGAAAUCUUCUCGUAUAGACUAUUAGAGGGAGUUUCCCCGGGUUCCUAGAUUGUUGGCACAAUAUCGCGACAACGCUUUACGGGCCUAAAAGCACUCGACCCUCGUCAUCAUGUACAGGCACGUGGAAAACACUUACUCUUCGUAAGAAGUACCUGUGUGUCCUGUCCUUUGCCACGUCGGAAUCGCGUUGUUAAAAAUUCUCUUGUGUUGACACAACGCACUAAUGCGCAAUAUUUUUUUUCCUUUAAUAUGGACAAGAAGCCUUCUAUGUUUCGACAUAAUGCCAUCCUUAACCAAGAGAAAAUAAUUAGAGAGGGAGUCUAGUAGAGACCUUGGCGGGGAUACCUUAAUUUCGAAAGAGUUAUUUUUAGUAAUUAUAUGCGGACCAUGCGAAACAAUCCGUUGAUCUCGUUGAUGUCAAGAAGACUCGCUUUCAUAAAACAGAACGCUCAAGCGAGGCGGAGACAACAAAUGGAGAAAAUGGUGGCCUAUGAUCUCUGGCUUUAACAUAUAAACGGAGAUGUAUAUCUCUGUUGUGUAGAGUUUUUAUUUGUUAUCAUAACGACAGUCCCUUAAAUAAGAAGGGGGUAGUUUAACUUACCAUUAAUUGAUUUUCUUUCUCCUCAGAAUUCGCUUACUCUAUCUGCCUUAUUCGUGAUUGGAGCUGGUGUAUGGUUUUAUUUCAUAACCCAGUCCAACAAAGUGAUGACGUAUCCUGCAGUUGUUUUGCUAGGAUCUGGGUUUUCCCUAAUGUUUGUUACUGCCCUUAGCUUUGCAGCAGAACUUAUUGGGGACAACAAGGUGAGCUUAUCACGUGCCUCAACAUUAUAACGCCCAAAGUUACAAGUUCAAAUAGGGCCUACUUAGUAAUGCUUCCAUCAGACUAUAGCUGUUUUAAAAAACGCGGAUAGUGCUAUCCACCGAAUAAAUCUCUAUCCCCUGGUUUAAGUGCAAUAGGCCAUUUCCGAGUUCCAAAAAAUCUCACUUUCAAAACGAGGCUAAGUGCGAAACCUUUGUUGUGAAAAUGAGUUUUAUUUGCAUCAUAAUUAAAAAUCAUUUCAUAUCGAUAGCUUCGCACUUAGCCUCGCUUUGAAACUGAGAUUUUUGGAACUCGGAAAUGGCCUUUUGGUUUUCCUAAUAAAUGUGGCCAAAAAAUAAACUACCAUUCAGUAGGUAGGCCCAAAGUUUUUCAAAAGGUGGAGAGUGCUUAAUUCCACCGAAUAAAUCUCUAUCCAGUGGAUAACGCAAUUGGUUUCCCUAAUACUUAUCUGCUUGAUAGCGAUUUAUCCAGUGGAUGGCGUUAAUAAAUUGAGCGUUUGAACAACCGGGGCUUAGUACCCAAGAGUCGACCAUUUAAACGGCGUAAUAAAUAGCAUUGUAAAGUGACGUGCUAUAAAUACAUUCGACACCCGAUGAUUCGAACCUCGCGCUAACUCGAACCAAAAUCGAUUUGAGGAACGUCAGAUUUAGGUUCUAAAGUUGUGAGUUCCAAGAAAAUUUUCAGCGCCUGUCCUUCGCUUUCUCAGCAAAUUUUUGGAUGUCUGAAUUUCAUUUAAAAAACCUCUUUUUAGGUCUUCACAUUACUACUUGAGAAAUUUUGAAUUUGCAGGGCACAUCUGGCGUCGUGUUUGCUUUUAUGGGUUUGAUGGCAAGUGUGACUGGAGGUUCAUUGUUCGGUAUUAUUCAGAAACUAUUCCCCCAAGAAAGGUAA